UGUCAAUUAUGUAAAAUGAUUGCUUAAAAUCCAAUACAAUUGAUAUGCUCACAUUCAAUGUGUAUGAAAUGUGGACUCAAUAUUUAAAUAUAAGAAAAUACAAGGUAUAUCAUUUCAAUCUAAAUAAUAGUCAAAUCUAAAAUAAGUUUAGAAUACAAUGUCCUAAAUGUCGUAAAUUAACACAUACAUAUGAUAUUAAGAAUUUAUUAAUUGAAAAUAAUGAAUUAUAUCUAAUUACAGAUUCAAGUGAAAUGGAAAAAGAAGUACUUAAUGAAGUAAGUUUCAUAUUCAAUCUAGAGUCAAUUCUCACUCUAGAAGAAUUAAUAAGAUGCUAUCUUAGGAAGAAGAUAAUCCAAUGCUUAUUAAUUUUAAGAAGUAUCUGAACUAAAUAAUAAGAAUGCCUAAAAAAUUGGUGAAAUGUUCUCUGUAUAAACAAAUCAUAAUAAUCCAUUUAAUCAUUCUUAAUUUAAUAAAAAGAAACCUAAUUUAGGAAGUGAAAGAAUAUCUCCAAGUAAACAAAUAUAGAAACCUACUUAAUCAAAUCAUUAAAAAAAGUAAUCUUAUUAAAUUCCUUAAUAAGAAGUUGCAAUUGAAUGUAUUUAAUUUAAUAUUUUAAAGGCAAGGCUAAAACCUAAGCUAAUUCAUCAAAUAUUUAAUAAAAUAAAAUUAAUGAUUUCUUUAAACCUAAUUCUAAUACGCCAGUUGCAACUCCAACAACUAUUGCAUCAUAGUUACUCUUUCAAUAAACUGAUAAUAAAAAACCUAUCUAAUAAUAAUAAUAAUAAUAAUAAUAAUAUUAAUAAUAAUUAUAAUAGUAAAGUAAAACUGAUAAAUUAUUUGAGAAUAAAUAAUAUUAUCCAGAAGAAAAGAAACUAUCUACUCCAAAAUAUAGUGAAAUUAUAAAAGAAAAAGAAAACUAGUUUUUAAAAGAAAUCUCUAAAGAUAGUUCAAAUACAUCUGAUAAUUCUAGACACAAGAGAAGUUCUACAGGUCUUAUAUAAGAAAAUGAAGAAUAAGCCUCUGUUUAAAUCAUCCAAUCAUACUUUAAAAUGGUUCAAAAGAAUGUUUUGAAGCUAGAAAAGGAUAUAAUUGUUGCAGUUAAUAAUAAAUAAGUGGAUCCUCAAAGUAUCUAUUAAAAACUUAAACUUUUAACAACAAGAAUUGGUGAUAAUGAAGGUGAACUCAUUUAAUCCAUUAAAGUUAUGCAAAAAUUACAUUAAGAAAUAAUUGGACUUUCAACACCAUCUUAACAUAGAAAAACUAGUUCUCAUCAAAAUACAAGUCAUAGAUACACUAAUUCAAGUAAUUAUGUGAAAAAUAUUGAAAAAAGUGAUUAAAGUAUUGGAGCCAUGCCAUAAGAAUUAAAAAUAUAUAAAAAAUUUUUAUGA